GCGCGUUGCGAGAAGUUAUCAGCAGUUUUUCUCAUGGAUCCGUGAGAACGGGAGCUCCGACAUCAUGAAUAAGGAGAACAAUUCCGAGAAGGUGGGGCUACUCGCGGCCGGUAUGCCACGGACGCCGCAAGCAGGUGAAAGCGAGUCCCGUGGAAUGAUUUCGGCUGCCUCUCGAUACAUUUCACACCAAUUGGUGAUGUCUGCGUGGCGCCGCAAACCCGUGCUGCUGUUCACGAUAUUGGCGAUCACUGUCCUCGUCCUCUUCGUGCAGCACACACAGGUCGGCGGCGAUCCCAAAGUCCCUCGGCUUCUCGAUAAGCAAUUAAAGGAACCCGGAGCCGCAGCUCAAAGACAGAGCGAGGUGAGAUUUUCGGCGCAUUUGCAACAGCCUCCGGAGUCGGAUCAUGGUUCCGAUCACGCUCAGCCGAUCCGGCAUCCCGCGGCGACGAAAAAUUCACUCCUCUCCAAACGACCUCUUCCGGAGACCGCUCUACGGGACCCUGUGACUGCUCCAGCGGGGGCCCCACUACACCGAGUCGUUCACUUCGAUCUCAAAGGAGCUCCGCCGAAGAUCAGUUAUUUGAAGAAAGUCCUCCCCAUACUCAAGGAGGCAGGGGCUACAGGUGAGCUUGGAUAUCUGGGCAAUGGGGGCUUACGGAAUAUUGGAUGCGCCCUUCUGCUCUUGGAAUAA